GUCAGUACGAGAUGACGUCAUGAAAAAAUUUGUCACCCAAAAUAAAUCGUUUCCUUUCCUUUGAAAAUACAGCCGUACUCAUAACACACGAUCACUGGAAAUUCUGUUAGAACAGAUAUAAAGAUGUCUGGUAUUGAUAUGAAGAGUCAGGGCUCUGAUGAUUCAGAUUACAACAAUGAUACUGAUGAUAAUAUGGAAGAUGAAGACAUAUAUGAUGGAUAUUAUGAUGCUGAGAUUGGUGAUGAUGAGUUUGAAAAGCCCACAGAAGUUAAGGACCCAGAGGCAUAUGACUAUAGAUUACUCGAAGUUGAAGAUGUAGAAAGACUACUUAAUGAAAAGAUUGAAACAUUAUGCACAUCUCUAAAGCUGUCCCCCUCCCUGGCCAAAGUCUUACUUUACCAACACAAUUGGGAUACAUCAACAAUACAAGAAAAACAUACAAAGGAUCCAAACAAACUGCUCAUAGAGGCCAAAGUCAUGCCUAAGACCAAACCUCUGAGGGAUAUGGUGAUCUCACGUAACUUCUCCUGUCCUGUGUGUAUGUGCCUCUGUCCCUCAGAGACUGUUCAUGGCCUGGCCUGUGGUCACAGGUUUUGCCAACCAUGCUGGGAGCAGUACUUUCAGAUGCAGCUCAGUCAAGGUUUAUCAUCAGGUAUAGAGUGUAUGGGGAAUGAAUGCCAUGUCCUAGCUACAGAAGAUUUUGUCCUUGAUAACCUAGGGAAGCCUGAGAUGCGAGAUAAAUACUCAAGAUUUGCCUUCCAGGACUACGUGGAGAGCCACCUGGAGCUGAGGUUCUGCCCAGGCCCCAACUGUCAAGUCAUAGUCAGAGCUGAGAACCCUAAAGCCAAGAGAGUCAUAUGUGGAAAGUGUAAAACAAGUUUCUGUUUCAAGUGUGGCAUAGAGUACCAUGCCCCAACAGACUGUUCAGUCAUCAAGAAAUGGCUGACAAAGUGUGCAGAUGAUUCAGAGACAGCCAACUACAUCAGUGCACACACUAAAGAUUGUCCAAAGUGUCAUGUGUGUAUAGAGAAGAAUGGAGGGUGUAAUCAUCUGCAAUGUGUAAAGUGUAAACAUGAUUUCUGUUGGAUGUGCCUCGGAGACUGGAAGAACCAUGGUAGCGAAUACUACGAGUGUUCACGAUACAAAGAAAACCCAAACAUUGCCAAUGAGUCUGCACAUGCUCAGGCCAGAGAAGCGCUCAAAAAAUAUCUUUUCUACUUCGAAAGGUAUGAGAAUCAUGCAAAGAGUCUGCGUCUAGAGGAGGAAACGCUUGACAAGAUUAAGACGAGGAUUGAGGAGAAAGUGAUGAACAACACAGGAACAUGGAUUGACUGGCAGUACCUCCUUGAUGCUGCAGACCUACUCAAGAAGUGCCGAUAUACACUACAGUUCACGUAUCCCUAUGCAUAUUACUUAGAGAAAGGAUCACGCAAGACUCUGUUUGAGUACCAGCAGGCCCAGUUGGAGGCUGAGGUAGAAAAUCUCUCGUGGAAGGUGGAGAGAGCAGAAAUCACUGAUAGAGGGGAUUUGGAAAAUCAGAUGGACGUUGCAGAAAAAAGGAGAUUAACAUUAGUGCGAGAUUUUGUCACUGAAUAGUGGAAAUAUAGUCCCAAUUGUGCAAUAAUAUAGCUUUGGAGCCCAUGCCAUAUUUAUUGAAGAGAUGUGUAUAUCGUUUAAGCCUCAAUUUUCUUAGAAAGGUCACACACUGGGCAAGAAGAACAAACUGGAUAUGUGUGGGAAAUGAUCCUAAGCCUCUUGAAACCCCAGAAAAAGCACUCGACCAAAUGAAAAUCAAUUUACAAUACAAUUUAAUACAUGUAAUUACCAUUGAACUUUUAUCAUUGCCAAGUAACAGGGUGUAAACUUUAAAUAGGGUGACUUUGAACAGGGUGAGCCCAAUCUUGGGGGUUCACUUGAUACAAGCAUGGUUAAGUGUGUAGUUCU